AUGGCACCGCAGGGGCACUCAUUGAAGUUGCAAUCAGGAUUUAGAAAUACAUUGAAGGUGCAUCGGGCAAAUGAUAUUUUGUUUGAAUUUCAGAAUGGUUAUAGAAAAGCUAUAGUUGAUAUUGGUGUGAGAACCUGUACAUGCAAUAGGUUUCAACUGGACCAACUUACUUGUGCUCAUGAAAUUGCUGUUUUACAAAAGGCUAAUCAUGAUCCAUAUGAUUAUUGUUCACCAUAUUUCACAAAGGAAGCAAUGAUUCAUGCAUAUGAAGAGACAGUGUUCCCUGUUGGUCACGAAGACACGUGGGAAGUACCCGAAAAUAUCAAGUCAAUGACACUAUAUCCUUCACAAGUACGAGUAAGAGUGCGCAGACCAAAAAAAAGAUGCAAAACUUUUUGGGAGAUAAAUGCAAAAUGA